AUGAAUGAGAGUGAGCCAUGCGUUUACACCAGCAUCGGGCCUGCUUGGAACAACACCAACUUGCGCCAGCUGAGCAAUAACAUUGUAUCACGCAUCGUCUUCGCCCAUGUCCGCGCUGCCACCGAAGGCACAGCCGUCUCUGAAUCCUGCUAUGGUCGUUUUAUCUUCAUGCACAAUGGCAACGUCGGUGCCUUUCAUCGUGUUCGUCGGCACCUCAUGCCUCAGCUCAAGCCCCACCUCUUUGAUUAUGCCGCCGAUCGUGGUGGUUCCGACAGCGCUUUUUGCUUUGCGCUCUUCCUCAAUCUACUGGAACGUUAUGAUGCGCCCCUCCCUCCGGCCAUCAUGCACGCCCACCUCAUUCAGGUUAUUCACAUCCUGUCCGAAGCGGCCGACCAGUUGGGGAUAGCAGACAUGUCCAUGCUCAACUUUGUAGUGUCCGAUGGCGUCAGCUUGGCUGCUACACGAUUCCUACGCGAUCCCCACAAUACACAGCCUGGCCCCGCAACACUGUACUAUGCGGCCGGCACGCGCUUCUUUUGUACCGAUGAGCAAAAGGGCCAGUAUCGCAUGACCCAUUCGGACAAGCGGAACAAACUUGUCAUUGUUACAUCGGAACCCUUGACCAACGAUGUGACGGACUGGAUCUCCGUGCCAGCCAAUCACUGCCUGGUUGUCACUGAGGACAUUCACACUUUUCUGUGCCCCAUCAGUGGCCUCACCGUGUCUAGCGACCUUGAAUACACGCUCAAUGCGCUGCAAGAUCGCUUGGCCAACGUCCGUGUGGCUCCUGCCUCCGUGUCAGGUCUCACCACGCCGGUCGAGAUCGCCUCGCCACCGGUUUCCGGGCGCAUCACGGACGGGAGUUGUGGUGGGCGUGCACCUUCCUCCAUCUCUCCAACCAGUUCAGCCGCUGCAGCCCCAACCCUUUCUUCAGCGCCGGACCAAGCUGUCAUCCAAUCACGAUUGAGUCGGAACCUCAGCCAACAAGCCAUGCGCGUAGAUCUGCCCCUGUUGCAUCAGCUGGAAGAUGCAGCAGCCGUUCUAUGCUUGUGUACCUUUGGGACCGGUCAGCUGAUGACGGGCGCUGCUGACGGAUCUGCCACCAUCUGGUCGCUAACGUCGUUUACCAAAGACCACGAGUUGCGUCUUUCAAACGCGGCCAUUUUGAGCCUACAACACGUCGCUCAGCAUAGCGCCGUCAUGGCGUCAUUUGCCGAUAGUACACUGGCCCUGGUUCAAAGCGAGAGUCCACACCAGAUCUUACGAACAUACACGCUGCUGGGUCUGGGGAACGUCUUGACCAUGACCUAUCACAAUGAGCGCCUCUAUCUGGGUCACACGGACACCACCAUCCGCAUUCUUCGCUGGCAAGAUGCCAUGGCAGAGCCCACUACUCCUCGGGCGGAAAUGGCAGCACCCGUUUCAUACACAUGUUUUGAAGGUUGCGCAUCAGCCUCAACAUGUAGCAAUACACCCACUAGUUCCGCGCGGUUUUGGACACCCUCCGAUUGCGUCCUUCCUGAACGAAGCGCCAAUGGUCCAAAAUGCGUUUUGAGUCGCCUUUAUCAACCAACUGCACUCGAUCGUCACUACAGCGACAUCCAUGCGCUGCUCGCGGUGGGCCAUCAGCUUGUUUCGGGCGCUGGCGACGGCUUGAUCAAGGUCUGGGAUGUUGAUACUUGCGCGGCUACAGCCACCCUUCAGGGCCACUCAGGCUCCGUCAUGAGUCUGGCUUACUGCCACCAGACUGCCACUCUCUUUUCUUGCUCCCGCGGAACGUCAUCGGGAACCAUGCUGGUGUAUCGAUGCACGGAUUUGCAACGUGUGGGCACCAGCAAGGCCUUGCAAGCACCCCUCGUAGCCCUCAGUCUGCUCAACGACCGACCAAUCUGCCUGCCUUCCGUCGCCCUUCUUAGUGCCGUGUCUUUACAGGUGUCGGGCAUCAAACGCUUUGAGGCUGCCUGCUACGAGGCUGCACAAGUGCUGAGCGAGCAACUGCUCCAGCUCUGCUGCGAAGACACAGCGCUGAUUGCUACCAACCACCACAAUCCUCUGGUCGUCGGGCGUACACCGCAUCGGCCAGGCCGUCCCAAUAUAUUGCUCUACGGACAUUACGAUGUGAUGCCUGCUGACGAGCCUGACUGGAGAACCAACCCUUGGAAACUAGAAGGUCAUUCUGGAUACCUCUAUGGCCGCGGCUCCAGCGACGACAAGGGGCCAAUUCUUGCAUUUGCCACGGCGUUGGCCGAGCUGCAGGCUGUCGACCGUCUUGACGUGAAUGUAUACUUUUUGUUGGAGGGCGAAGCCGAAAACAAGAGCCAGGGUUUUCGAGAAGCCGUCAACGAAAUCUUGCAGGAUGAGCGACUCAAGGCCAACUGGCUCCCUGAUAUUGACUUGAUCGUGGUCAGCAAUAGUUACUGGAUUGAUGAUGAGCGACCCUGUCUGAACUACAGCAUGCGCGGCUUGGUCAAGCUAGAGGCCAUCGUGUCUGGGCCCAGCUUUUAUGACAACGUUCGCCCACUCUCCGAAGCCGAGUUGCAACACCUUCGAAAGGUCAAUUUGAGCAGCGAGCAGUACCAGCAACAAUCAGGCAACCCUGCUGUUGUGUCGCAGGACGGCGAUGCACUUCUCAUGGCACGAUGGCGCCAACCUUGUCUUACGGUCACUGCCUUCACCACAAGCAACGUCGAUCAGUCUUUCAGCGUGCUGCCCGGACGCGCGAGCACCCAGAUUGCAGUGCGUUACGUCCCCGAUCAGGUGGCGGACGACAUUGUCAAGUUGGUGGAGGAUCAUUUGCGCUAUGAGUUUGACAAGCUAGCCUCGGGCAACAGCCUCAAGGCAUGUACUGCCUCCAAUGAAUCGUUCGUCGAGUGCGUGCAGCAAUCACCCUGGUGGCUGGGAGAAGUCGAAAGCUCUCAUUAUCGUUCGGCCGCCGAAGCCAUCGAAGAGGUAUGGGGUCAAGCCCCGGUCCUGGUCGGUGAAGGCGGAACCAUCAACACCACAUCAUUUUUGGUGGAGGCGCUCGGCGCCGCAGCCAUCCAAAUCCCCGUGGGUCAGGCAUCUGAUCGGGCACACCUGGCCAAUGAGCGCAUUCGGGUCCUCAACCUUCAAAACGGCAAGGUAUGGCACCAUACUCGCGCGCGCAUGCACACCAGCUUGCCAACAGCGAAAUGCUGAUGAUCUCGGAUCAUGGUACACACAGGCCGUCUUUAAAAAGUUUAUUGUCAAUCUGGGCAAAACUGUCAAGGCUUGAAUCAGCAGGUGGCGAAUAUGGACACCAACGUGCUAGGUUGAGCUUUUGGUGCAUUGGGAUUGGUCGUAGGCGUUUUGAGACAUCAUGGCGCGGCCUUGGCACGGCGCUUGGCCUUUUUGGGGCGUCUGGGGGUUGAGUUCUGGGUGCCAGGGCCACCCUUAAUUGCAGAGGUUUCUUGUCGCUUGCUUGAGGAACGUUUGGCGUGGCCUGAGCCUCGGGAACCAUCGCUUCGUGGCUCGCUUGAGGGGGCGGGCAUUUGCCAUG